AUGGAUCUUCUCAUUAUAAUUCUCGUGGUUUUAUAUUCGUCUAUCUUUUUGGUUGGAUUUACAGGCAACUUGAUCCUAGUAUUGGUAACAAUACAUAGCAAGUAAGAAAGAAGUUACGUUUUUGAAGAUAAUCCAACUUUUAAUGAAAACAGAAAUCUACGAUCAAUCUGCAACAUUUUAAUCGGAACAUGUUGUUUCUUCGAUUUGUUGCUCUUCGCAGAUAUUGCUGCAUUUGUUGCUUCGAUAUUUUAUGAGACAACUCAAAGGAUGUGUUUUUACAUGAAUAUUCCUGCAGAUUUCGGAGCUUUUGCAUCAAAUGCUUGUGUUUUAGCAAUUGGAAUUGAUCGAUUAUUAGCAAUCACAUAUCCUGGAAAAUAUAAAAAUAUUGAGUACAAUAAAAGUUUUGCUGUCUUCAUGUUCCUGAUCUUCCCAGUAUUUUAUGCUUUAUACAUUUUGUAUGUCGGAAUGGAACAAAGAGAUCCAAAUAGGUUUGAAUUCGAAAACUGAAUGAUGUCAUUCAUUCAUAAUAUUUAUAAUUAUUUAUAGAAUUGUGUAUUGUUUGCUGCCAGAAUCUCUUGGACAUGCUUAUGAUUUAUUUGCAAUAACUUCUUUUGUUAUCAAUUUAUUUGUUCCACCGAUUUAUAUUUAUGUUUACUAUAAAAUAAAACGAUCAAAGAGUGGGAAAUUUAUUCGAAAAACUUCUGAAUCUUCUGAAAAACAAAAUAAUUUGUAGGAACUUCAAUGCAAGCAAUUUUCAAAAGUUUACUAGUUACUGUAUUUUUGGUGAUUUGUGGUUGGUUGACAACUGAUCUUUGUGGAGUUUUAAGUGUUGUUAUCCCAAUGGAUCCAGAUUUACAAAAAGCAAUUCAAUUGUCUUGUGGAACUUUUAUCUUCUCAGCUUCUGCUUUGACUCUUCCUGUUUACUAUAAUAUGAGCAAGGAUUAUAGAAAUGCUAUUAAGAAGAUGUUUGGUUUCAAAGUUGCGCCAACUUCAUACAACAGUGUUACAAUGUCUCGAACAACUUCGAGAUUUUGA